AAGAGUUCAUGGGCUGAAGUGUUGUCCUUUUAUUUUAAUGAGCUCUGUUUGUAUGCCUUUACCUUUAUUUCGCUUUUCUCUGAUAAAGGCAUGCUGAUAGAUGUCGGGCUAGUUUUUAAAGAGAUCGCAGAUCAUCAUAGUAACUUUAAACUGAGUGGUAUCUAAGGACGCGCAGCAGGUGAGACACAACACAUUUGAUAGCAUAAUGGACUCCAAGGACAAUGAACGUGUUUUACUCCUUGAUGAAGAGGUGAAGAGUUUAUCUGAGGAGCUUGCUCAAUGCCAGGCAGACAAGGAGUUUGUGUGGUCACUUUGGAAGCGGCUUCAAGUGGCUAAUCCAGACCUCACUCAAGCAGUGAGUCUUGUAGUGGAAAGAGAGAAGCAGAAAGCUGAGAACAAGGACAGGAAAGUUCUGGAGAUUCUUCAAGCAAAAGACUACAGAAUCCAAGAGCUGGAGCAGAAAGUGACGGCACAGGAGCAGGAGAUAAACAACCAAGUCCAGCGGUUGCGUGGCAGCGAGGAGGAGUGUGGUCUAAUGAAGAAGGAGCUGGCAGCUCUGCAGCACGGACUGGGGAAUAAGAGUCGACAACUUAAGGAAGCGAGGAAGCAGGCCGAGGAGAGCGAGAAGGAGGACAGGCGUGCCCUACAGGAAGCAAGGCACCAAUUAGACGCCCAGCGCUCGGCCUCACAGGCAGAGCUGGAGAGGUUGCGGGACCAAGAGGCCGUCAGCUGUGCUAGAGUCAAGAAAUUGGAAGAGGAAGUGUUCAAGUGCAGACAGGAAGUGCUGGAGGCCCAGAGUCGCUCGGCUGCGUUGUCCCUACAGCUUUCCUCUGUAGAACAGAAAGUCACAGACAAAGAACGACAGCUCUGUCAACUGAAGCAGGAGCUGCAGGAUCUGCAGUGUUUGUACAAGCAGAGCAUCGAACAUGCAGGGGAACAGGCACAACUUAUUCAGCAGCUGGAGGGGCUUAACCUGGACACGCAGAGAGUUCUGCGCAGCCAAGAAGAGGCCCACGCGGCAGAUGCCGUCUCGUACCAGAAGCUCUACAGCGAGCUGAGCAUGUCAUAUCAGGCCCUCCGGCACAGCAAAGAGCAGCUCUGCCAGCGGGAAGCAGCCCUCUGCACACAGCUCAGCCAAAGAGAUCAGCAUGUCCAAGAACUCCAGGCACAGCUGCAGAGUUUCACAGCGGCUGUAGGGCACCGUGAGGAGGCUGGCCGCAAGGAGGGUAAUCCAUCUUCACCCCACUUGCAUGCACUCGAAGAGCAGCUGUCGGUGGACACUAGAACCACCAGAGACCUAAAGACACAGCAGGGAUCCACAUCUUCGUCUCCAAGUGGCAGGAGCAGCGCGGAUGGAACAGCCACACAAGAGCAAAAGGUUCAGCGACUGCAGGAUUUGCUCGCGCUUAAGAUUAAAGAGAACGAGGAUCUGCGAAGAGCCCACACCAAACAUCAUGACCGUUUACGUGUCAUUCAGACCAACUACAGGACAGUGACGAAGCAGCUGAAGGAAGCUGAAGAAACGCAUGAUUUGCUAAGAGGCAAGACACAACUACAGCAGGACAGCGAUGAACUGUGGAACGAGCUGGUGCUCUGUAAGGAUGAAAACAAGAAGCUUCUCGCUGACAAACUUAAACUGGAAGAACUACUGAACAUUCUACAUGUGCAGGCAGUCAUGGACAGGGUUACAGAGCAGAACCUACACGGGGAAAAACAAGCAGAGCUCCUGUUUGAGGAGGUGCCGAAUGAGGAGGUCAGGAGGAGCAGCACCCCCAUUAAGACAGCCCGAAGAGUGGAACAGACUUUCAAAAAGAUAGAACAGCUACAGACUCAAAUGGUUUCUCUGGAGAGUGAGAUUGUGCGGCUGCGAGAUGACAAUCAAGCGCUACGGGAAAUGAACAGAGGGCUGGCUGGAGAGCGGGGUGAUAUGCAGGCCGAAAUUCAGCUACUCCAGCAAUGCGCUGUCGUUCGGGCAGCAGAGGACACUCAAGCUAGAGCCGAACGGAACAGACUGCUCACACAGCUUCAGAACUUCAAGAGAGAGGCGGAGAGUGCCAUCAAAGCGGGAAACCAGGCUAGAAGAAGGCUACUGAAGCUCCGACAGGAACUGGGAGUGCUUCGAGCGGAGCGAGAUUUCCACCGGUCUUCGGCUCUGAGCAAAGCGAAAGCUUUCGCGCUGACUAACAACAGGUUCCGGUCCAGAAAGGCCUCCAACUGUACAGGCGCGCAUUCCAAACAGAACAGGAUGGACAGUCCCUCCAAGGACGACUGGGAGGACAUGAGUGCAGACAGUGAAAAUGAAGAGUUCUCUGACAGUCUAAAAAGUCGAUACUCCGCUCCGAACAGUCAAGCACCUCAGAGAACUAAGGGCUCCAGGUACAUGCUGAUUUGCCCCAUAGACAGGCCUGAGGAUGAUUUACGUUUGGCCCGGUCUCACACCGGAAACAUUCAAUUCCAAGGUGCCUCACGGCAAAUGUCGAGAAGGAGCAGAAAACAGACCUCUUGUGUUUUGCGACAGCGGCUUCUGUCUCUCCAGCAGCAGGUUAAUGCGCUUCAGGCCGACAAAGGAGCAGCGCAGCAGCUCACCACAGAGCAGAACCGCAGACACGCUCAAACACAAGUGCAACUGGACUCACUUCUAAAGCAACUCAACGCAAGCAAGCAGCUCUCGAAGAAGCAGGCAUGCGAGCUGGCCGGUGUAGAGCAGCAGAAGGCGUCUCUGCAGAUGGAGCUGGAGCAGUGGAGACAAAUACGGCAGCAAACGACAGCCAACCCCCCCGCUGUAGACCCCGAGCACCUGCAGACCCAAGUCAAACAGCUUACACACCAACUCAAGAGCACCAGCAGUGAGAUGAGCAAACACAGUGCUGCUAACAAGAGCCUGAGGGCACAGUUAGAUGAAAGAGAUCAGACAGUGAAGGAACUGCACGAGAGGGUCAGCGUGUUGGAGAGAGAUGUGACCAUGAAAAGGCAGCUUUUGGAAGAUCUCAGGAGCAGACUAAAGAUCUGUCAGGACUCUGAGAGGAGUCACAGAGCGGUGACCGAAGACCUGGAGAAGAAAAUAAAAUCUCUCUCAGAAGAGUCGUCUAACCGGAAAGCUCUGGUCGAUUCUCUGAAGAGAAGACUGACAGUUGCCACAGAGGAAAAGAAACAACAUAUGACAACCAGCCAAAAACUCAAAGAGGAGCUACAGAAAAAGGAGCAGAGACUGGCCGUCUUGCAAGCGCGGUUAGCGGAGUGUGAUCGGGCCAUGGCUGAGUUGGAGCAGGCUGCUUCUAAACAGAUGCACGGUUUGGUCCAGCAGAGCACACAGACUUUGGAAAUAAUGCAGAGUAAACUCACGCUGGCUGAAUCUCAGCUGCAUCAACUCCGCACAUUCAUCGAGACACUGGCUCACGAAGUGGAAAGGGAGGUGGACGACACUAAAGCACGUUUGAGGAGGAAACAGAAGAGUUUAAAUGAAGGAAACAGAGUGUCUAAAUGCUCACUAGAGAAAGCUGCAUCUAUACUCAACAUGACAGAGACUGACCUGGUGGACAUGCUUGAAACGGAUGAGUGUGAGGAGGCGUGUGCAGGUCGUGGGGCAGAGACAAAUUGGACUGAGCGUGUUCAACAAAUCCUACAGCAGCAGAUCCCCUCUGCAGGCCUGCUGAUGGACGCCAUGCUGGUGAAGAUGAAGGAAGGCAAAGUGCUGACAGAGGAACUGGCCGCACUGCAAGCUGCAGUCAGCAAAAACGCCUGACCAGAGGAAAAAAGACAGGGGGGAGCUGUAGUCUGUAAGAUGGAGUGUGUGCCCUGCUUGGCAGUGGAUGGCCCUUGUCUAUGCAGCACUCCACCCGUUGCUCUGCUCCUACAUCCUUGUAGUCUUGUGCCUCCGAGAACAAACAGAUUUAUUCUUGGGCUAAAUAAUUCAAUGCAUUGAUUCGCCUCCAAAAAAAAAACAUUUGUUUGCACACCGAUAAAAUGAUGCAAGACUUGCAUCGUUUUCUGUUUUUUUUCACAUUCCCACAUUGCGGAAAUCACAAAUGACUUUAAUGAGAAGCAAAAUUGAUUAUUAUAGAUCUGGUGUUUAAGGAAGUAUAAAUGAUUGUGCGUUGGAUGAUUUGAAUGUACAAUGUUUUAGACACGAAUGUACAAUGUUUUAGACACGUAUGUAUGUCUGAACCCAACAAACAAAACAACGAUAGCUUAGGAGUUCACACAAUCAAGGUGCUAAAAUUGCAUAAUUUUCAUAAAAUUAUUUUCAUCCUACCGAUAAAUGCCUUAACGGGAUUUCUGAGGAAAAAAUAAAAAUGUGCAUU